AUGACCGCCCAAUUCCUCACGAAUGAGCUCACCAACCUGGUUCAAGAAGCGAAGCGGAAGAACUCGGAUCUUAGACAUGCGGCCGAAAAAUCUCUCGCAGAUCUAAAGUCGAUAGGGUCAGCUACGGAUGUCGUUAUUGCUACUUCAGAGCUUUCGGGGAGACCGCAGUUCAUACACCCGUUUCUCAUCGCCUGCAGCACCCGGAAUGCGAAAUUUAGCACUAUCGGCGUGGUUUGUUUGCAACGGUUGAUUGUCUCGCAGGGGCUGGCAAAGGUUUGUCGGCAAGAUAUCCUGACUAAUCUGAGUAUAGGAGUUGAAAUCCAGCUUAAGAUACUGCAAGCGCUACCUCCGCUUCUACAGAAUUAUGCCGAGGAUUUGAAAGGAAACCUGUUGGGCGAGGCCCUACUAAUAUGCUCAAUGUUACAAGGUAGUAAAAUGGGCGUAGUGAACAAUACUGCUGCCGCAACCUUGAGUCAAAUUGUUAUUUCAAUCUUUGACAAAGUAGUAACCGAAGAUGAGAGAGCGCUGGAGGUCCCUACAGUGGGCGAAGGCCCUUCGGAAUCCGGAACUAUACCACUCCGAGCUGCGGCACUCGAUGCUUACCGAGUGUUUUUUGAUAUUUGUCUUCUUACCGAAGGACAAAGGCCACAAUUCCUUCGGUUUUCAGUCUUGCCACAGCCGUUUGGGCUCGAGCUAAUAGAGUCUGUUUUGACAAAUCACCCUGACAUAUUUCUUACUCACCCUGAGCAAGCCUAUGUCUUAAAGACCAGAGUAGCUCCAUUGAUAAUGCGAUCACUUUCUGACCGGCUCAAUUUUCCAACCACAGUACGUAUAACACGUGUGUUAUACAUACUGCUCCGACGUCACCUUUCAAUUCUAUCAGAAGAAUGUGAGGUUGCGCUGAGCAUUUUGACCCACACACUUGAUCCAGAAGCAUCAGCUUCAUGGAAGAGAGCAUUGUGUAUGGAGGUAUUUCGAGGAAUUUGCGCGGAACCAGGCCUUAUCCGCAAGAUUUUCGCAGGAUAUGACGCUAAGGAAGGAAAAAAGCCCAUAAUGAAGGAUUUGAUGGGUGCUCUCACAAGAUUAGCCACCGAAAAGCCCACCGCAUUGGAAGCCGGGGGUGUUGCCGGAAUUAUUGGUGGAGCUGUAGGAUUGAGUGAGGUAAACGUGGUUGGGCUCAGUACCCAGUGGAGCUUGGUGAGGGUACCGUGUAUUGACCAACUAGACAAGAGCGAGCCCCCAGCAAUGCCUGAAUCGUACAUAUAUUGUCUGACACUCACCUGUAUAAACAGUUUUUGUGAGGGGUUGGCAAAAUUUAUCCUUCCGUUAUCGAUGACUGGUGACGCCACAAAGGGAGCGAAGCGAAGAACACCGGCCCGAGUAGCGCCCUCACCAGUGCGGACCCCAUCACCCACUAAGGGCAGUCUUCGCAGAAAAUCAACCAUGAAGCAACACCGAAUACCUGUCAAUCCGCUGAGCAUGGAAGGCCAUCCUCUUUACAACGAGAUCGUUAUAUCCGCAGCAAUAAUGGAGUCGUGUUGGCCCGCUGUCCUGGCAGCCUGCUCGACAUUUCUCUAUGCUACACUUGAUAAUGAAUUCUACCAUGGCCUUGUGAGAUCAUUCCAAAAGUUCACACACGUCGCUGGGCUAUUACGUCUCACAACCCCUAGAGAUGCAUUUUUGACGACUCUUGGGAAGGCUGCGGUUCCGUCAAAUGUCUUAUCAGCGAACAUCUCAGCUUCUCCUAUGGCGUCUGACAACCAGAGUCUGUUCUCAAACGCAAAAGGCCUUUUGAGUGUGGAUAGCUUAAAUAGUUCCGAGCGCCUAACUACUGGUGGAACUGAGCACCACCCUCCAUCCCUUAAUAGCCGCAAUUUGCUCUGUCUCAGGGCCCUGCUCAAUCUCGGGAUUGCCUUAGGCCCAACAUUGGAAAAGUCAUGGACCAUAGUUUUGGAAACGCUUCAGCAGGCAGACUACGUUCUUUUUGCGUCUUCUAGGAAGACAGGAAGACAAAUUUCGUUGAACGCGUCUACGGCAAGAUCUGACUCGCAAAAAGGGGCAGAUGCAGGCAAUCCCCUAGUUAAUAUUGGGCCCGAAUUGUCUGCCGUUGAAACCGCUGCAAUGAAGAUGUUUGAAGGAACAAGGGAUUUUCCCGACAAUGCUUUCGCUGCAGUGCUCUCGGCAUUAUGCAAACUCUCCGAUGGGGAUGGGGAGACCAAUAGUCGGACAUCAAUUGAUAAGUCAACUAGUCCCCAGAGAUCUCCUCGGUCACCAACUUUUAGUCACAAACACACGUCCAGUGUCCCAAGUCUUUCAACUUCACAAGUGAUUGGAGAUAACGCAUUUGCGCUCGCAAAGCUAGGUGAACUAGCUCAGAUAAAUAUGAGCCGAUUGAUUGGGCCAAAUCCAAAUUCCACUGGGUGGGAUAUGCUUGCGAACCAUUUAGCUACUAUAGCUAGCUCUAGGGAUAGGGGGAACUCAAUACGCAUGAAGGCUGCUGAAGUUUUGAAUGAAGUUGUGGUUUCGGCCGCAAAGGCUAUUAUAACGGAGAGCACGGAAAAUGUGGCGGAGGUUCAAAAACGUAUCCUUUCCGCAUUACGGGAGGGGAUAACAGAUGGCAAAGUCUCUGGGGCUCCAGACUCGGUAACUAGAGCGACAGAGUUAGAGGUACAUCGUGCAGGUUUGGAAGCAUUGAACGCCAUAUUAGAGCAUUCCGGGCAGUCACUAAUAGCGGGAUGGGAGAUUGUGUUUGAUAUCAUAAUGAGCGUAUUUGAUACUACCAUGAUUUGGCGACGGGACGCGACGAUUCCAGAGGCACCAGCUGAAGUCACGAAGUCUACCAGGUCUCCUAAGCUGAUCCGGAGCUCAUUUAGUUCCUUAGAAUUAAUUUGUUCUGAUUUCCUGGCGAGUUUGCCAACACCUUGCGUUUUGGUUUUAAUAGAUGCAUUGUUUGCGUUUUGUGGGCAGGCAGAUGACCUGAAUAUCUCUUUGACGACUAUUACUUUCUUUUGGAAUGUUUCAGACUUCCUACAGACUAAGGGAGAGUCCUCACUCUCGGGCGAAUUUGUAUCUUCUAAGGCGCAGAGCGAAACGGACCUAUUAGGUAUGGUGGAGCAGACAGAUGUGGAUUCCCACCCUGCCCUUUGGAUGCUGCUUUUACUUCGUUUGACAGGAGUCAGUAAGGAUCAAAGAGCCGAAGUGAGGAAUGGUUCUGUUCAGACCUUGUUCCGGAUAUUCGACACUUAUGGACACCAGCUUGGCCCGCAAGCGUGGUCCUCAUGCCUAAAAAUUGUGGUUUUCAAAAUGAUGAAUAUCGCCCCCAGUGAUGAGGAGAGUGAUGUUCCAAAAGUGCGUGCUGCUGAACGAAAGCAGUGGGACGAUACCAUCAAUCUGGUUCUGAAUGGGAUUGGCACACUAUACUCAAACUACUUUGAAGUUUUUGUUAAACAGUCGGAAUUCCGCAGCACUUGGAAUGCCUUUACCCGUUACCUAGAAGCCCUGUUAGAAAGGCGGAGUUUUGAGGUUAAUACAACUGUAUUUAUGGUUUUAAAACAUGUCCUGGAAAAGGUUGAUAGACCGGACAAUCUCGACCAAUCUUCAACGGAUGAUGUGUGGAAGAUGUGGUCAGGACAGGGCGUCAAACUGGUGGAAGGAAACACCGAGGUCUCUCGGGCCGGGAUUCAGGAGACGCUCUUGGCAUAUGUCGACUCCUUCAAACCACUUUACAGAUUACUCGAACCGAUAGUAAACGCCGAUAUGGUGGAGAAAACACUGAUCCUGUUGUGGGAAUGCAUCACCUUCCCGGAUGCACCGGCGUAUUUCCAGGACAUUGACAUCCUGACCCCGCUACAGGCGGCCAUCUUAGAAGUCACCCAGAUGAUUCGAACAGAUAUCCCCGGCAUCCCAUCCCUAGUAUUGAAACAAGUCGCGGACUUCAGUACGAUCGCCUACCGGCCACCUCAUACCUCGCAAUCCACAAAAGUCCGGAUUCCAACUUACAUUGCACUAGCAACCCAAUCAAUGAAGAUUUUAGAAACCGUCAGCUUCCGCCACGUGGAGAACAGCGAAAUCUACACAACGGGUUCCCUAUCAUCCGUCCUGUCCGCUCUUAAGCUCCCCAUUUCGCUAAAGUACGACUUCACCGGUGCAGCCUUACCAGCAACGGCGAAGCGCCCGUCGCAAUGGAUCCCAGCGACUAAAGUAGUCCUGUCAAUAAUUACCAAAGCUCUCCCGGCAAUCAGCAAACUGGACAUUGGCGAAGUCCAUCAGAAAGAGGUAUGGAAGCUGAUAGUCGAGAUAAUUGGCAGUGUUGUCUCGGCAAAUACUACGAAUAUCGACGAAGCGACACUGAUAUCCGACGAAACCUUCGACAUAUCAUCCUUCGAGGAAUUUCGGGGCUUGAUAAUCCCCCCGCUAGGCCAUGCUAUUGUCCCAGACGAGGUGGUGCAGGCGUACGUGAAGAGCAUAUUCAAGUCUUCGAUCCUUUAUGAUAUUGUGGAACUGGAGCAUCCGACGUCGAUGGAUGUAAGUUUGUCUUCGCUUUCUAUACGCAAACAUGGGAAAACUAGCGAAUUGGAAUUGGUCAGGAGGUCUCGGAUGAGCUACGCCUGCCUUGACGAAUUAUUUGCCUUAGCGGCUGCGAAUGAUUCCGAUUCAAAAGAACUCCAACGCCUCACGGCAGCCGUUGCUCCCUAUCUGGUUUUGCGGGCUGGACGUGUUUUGCAGCGUUAUAUUUCGGACCAACCCCUUCGCGGCCGUAUGCCUCAACCCGUAUGUCAACGCAAAGAAAUGAUAUACGUGCUCAAGUGUCUAGUCAAUUUAGAGUCUAGAGUGAAGACGGUUUCUACUGAUUCGGGACAUAUACCCCUCUCCGGAAAGAGGCACACCUCCAGGCUGUUCCCGCUGCUUAGUCAGUGCGUUGCAGCAGCGCAAGGGGACCAGGAGGUUUUGGGGUGGUUGGCGAAGGUUAUGGAUGAGAUUGGGGGUGCGUUAGGAGUUUUGUAGGUAUUUCGGAAGAGCGUGUAUGGCAGAAGUAUGAUAGUUGGCGGGCGGUAAAUACCCCGGUUGAAUAUCUUUUUCUCUCUUU